AUGUCUUCGUCUAGCACCAACGGUGCCAAUGGCGCCCCGGCAACGGGCGGGUUGUCUGCUAACGACAAGAUCGCCCGCUUUGCUGCGCCGAGCAGACCUCUCAGCCCGCUCCCCGCGCACGCGCUCUUCAGCAGCAAGACGCGAUGCUUCGUAUAUGGCCUCCAGAACCGAGCAGUACAAGGCAUGCUCGACUUCGACUUCAUAUGCAAGCGACCUACGCCCUCGGUUGCAGGCAUCAUCUACACAUUCGGCGGUCAAUUCGUCAGCAAGAUGUACUGGGGGACGAGCGAGACCCUGCUUCCAGUCUACCAGGAAACCGCAAAGGCGGUAGCCAAGCAUCCCGACGUUGACGUCGUGGUAAACUUCGCCUCGUCGCGAAGUGUCUACACCUCGACUUUGGAGCUGAUGGAGUACCCUCAAAUCAAGACGAUUGCUAUCAUCGCCGAGGGUGUUCCCGAGCGACGUGCGCGCGAAAUUGCCCAUGUCGCUCGACAGAAGGGCGUCACCAUCAUUGGCCCAGCUACUGUCGGUGGUAUCAAACCCGGUAGCUUCAAGAUCGGCAACACCGGCGGCAUGAUGGACAACAUCGUGGCCUCAAAACUCUACCGCAAGGGCUCGGUCGGCUACGUCUCCAAGUCUGGUGGUAUGUCGAACGAGCUGAACAAUAUCAUCUCGCAAAAUACGGAUGGCGUGUACGAAGGCAUCGCCAUUGGUGGUGAUCGGUACCCGGGUACCACCUUCAUCGACCACAUGCUGCGAUACCAAAAAGAUCCCGAGUGCAAGAUUCUCUUGCUACUCGGUGAAGUGGGCGGGGUUGAAGAGUAUAAGGUCAUAGACGCCGUGAAAAAGGGCGUCAUUACCAAGCCCAUUGUCGCAUGGGCCAUCGGUACUUGCGCGAGCAUGUUCAAGACGGAGGUGCAGUUCGGGCAUGCUGGCUCAUUCGCCAACUCGCAGCUCGAGACCGCCGCGAUGAAGAACAAGCAGAUGAAGGAAGCGGGUUUCUACGUACCUGACACCUUUGAGGACCUUCCUCAGACCCUCAAGGCGGUCUACGAUAAGCUCGUGGCGGAGAAGACGAUCAUUCCCCAGCCUGAGCCCGUCGUGCCCAAGAUCCCCAUUGACUACUCUUGGGCCCAGGAGCUAGGCCUCAUCCGAAAGCCGGCUGCCUUCAUCUCCACGAUCUCAGAUGAUCGUGGCCAGGAGCUGCUGUACGCCGGUAUGCCCAUCUCGGACGUUUUCAGGGAGGACAUUGGAAUCGGCGGCGUCAUGUCUCUCCUUUGGUUCCGUCGUCGUCUCCCCGACUACGCUACCAAGUUCCUAGAGAUGGUGCUCAUGCUCACGGCUGACCACGGUCCCGCGGUGUCUGGCGCUAUGAACACGAUCAUCACGACCCGUGCCGGCAAGGACCUCAUCAGCUCUCUGGUGUCCGGCCUCCUCACUAUCGGCUCCCGCUUCGGUGGUGCGCUCGACGGUGCGGCUGAGGAGUUCAGCAAGGCUGCCGACAACGGCCUGAGCCCCCGAGAGUUUGUUGACACGAUGCGCAAGCAGAACAAGCUCAUCCCCGGCAUUGGCCACCGCAUCAAGUCGCGAAACAACCCCGACCUCCGCGUAGAGCUCGUAAAGGAGUACGUCCUAGCCAAGUUCCCGAGCCACAAGCUUCUAGACUACGCCCUGGCGGUGGAGACGGUAACGACGUCCAAGAAAGAUAACCUCAUCCUAAACGUCGACGGCUGUGUCGCCGUCUGCUUCGUGGACCUGAUGAGGAGCUGCGGCGCUUUCAGCGGCGAGGAAGCGGAAGAUUACAUGAAGAUGGGCGUGCUCAACGGUCUCUUCGUGCUGGGACGCAGCAUCGGUCUCAUCGCCCACUACCUCGACCAGAAGAGGCUACGCACCAGCCUGUAUCGCCAUCCUUGGGAUGACAUCACCUACCUGCUCCCCACAUUGGCUAAGAACGGGCCGGUGGGUGAGAGCAGAGUAGAGGUUUCGGUGAAAUAG